UUGUGUAGUGCAAGUCGUGCGCGCGCCCCGUGUCUGUGUGCGUGCUGGCUCCCGAUGCUCGUAUUUCCCGUUGACCCGCGUUCCCGCGGCCCCGAUUCAUACACUGCGCGAUGGCGGAGGGAGGCGGAUCCGAACCGGGUAGCGGGGUCGAGCCCGACUCCGAACCGGUACCUGUACAGGCACCUAUACCUGCUUCCGACAUCCAAAAACAAAUUGUGGGAGCCUUGCUUAAAACUCAGCUCCGCAAGGGCGACAAAUGGUUUCUGAUUGAUAGUCGCUGGUUUAAGCAAUGGAAGAAGUAUGUGGGCUUUGACAGCUGGGACAUGUACAAUGUGGGGGAGCAAACGUUGUAUCCUGGGCCCAUUGAUAAUUCAGGGCUAUUCUCAGACCCCGAGGAGCAGACUCUGAAAGAACACCUAAUAGACGAGCUAGACUAUGUUCUGGUGCCUACUGAGGCCUGGCACAAGCUCAUGAGCUGGUAUGGCUGUGUGGAAGGACAGCGACCCAUUGUCAGAAAGGUAGUAGAGCACGGGAUGUUUGUAAAACACUGUAAAGUGGAAGUCUAUCUCCUGGAGCUCAAUCUCUGUGAGAACGACAACAUGGAUGACUUGGUGAAACGGCAUUUCAGCAAGGCUGAUACCAUAGACACAAUUGAAAAGGAUAUGAGGGCAUUGUUCAAUAUCUCUGCUGACAAAGAGAUCCGGCUGUGGAACAAGUAUAUGAGCAACACUUACGAACAGCUGAACAAGCCGGACAGCACUGUGCAGGACGCUGGGCUCUUUCAGGGACAGGUGCUCGUGAUAGAAAAAAAGAAUGAAGAUGGCACAUGGCCUAGGCAAGCAAGCUACACAAAAUCCAGCACGGCCACCUCCAGGAAUUUAACUACCUCCUCGAAGCUUCCAUCCAACUCCAGUGCCACCAUCUCCUCUACCAUAACCAAUGGAGACAGUAAUAACUCCAGCUACACACUGAACAACAGCACCAGCUCCAAUAACAAGGUGGGUGGGUACAGUUCCUACAGCUCAUCAUACAGCUACCGAGAACCCCAGACACAGCCUGGCCUCUGUGGGCUCAGCAACCUGGGCAACACCUGCUUCAUGAACUCUGCUUUGCAGUGCCUGAGUAAUGCAGCCCCCCUGACAGAGUAUUUUCUCCAGGAUGAGUACGAGGCAGAGAUAAACCGGGAUAACCCCCUGGGAAUGCGAGGCGAGAUCGCUGAAGCCUAUGCAGACCUGGUCAAGCAGAUGUGGUCUGGGCGCUGCAGCUAUGUAGCACCCAGGAUAUUCAAGACCCAGGUGGGCCGCUUUGCCCCCCAGUUUUCAGGAUACCAGCAGCAGGACUCCCAGGAGUUGCUGGCCUUUCUGCUGGACGGGCUUCAUGAGGACCUCAACCGUGUCAAAAAGAAGCCCUACUUGGCACUGAAGGAUGCUGAGGGAAGGCCAGAUGAGAUAGUGGCGAAGGAAGCCUGGACAAAUCACCGGCUUCGUAAUGACUCCAUCAUUGUGGACACCGUUCACGGACUCUUCAAGUCCACUCUAGUGUGUCCUGAGUGCGCCAUGGUCUCGGUCACCUUUGACCCUUUCUGCUACCUCACGCUGCCACUGCCCAUGAAGAAGGACCGCACCAUGGAGGUGUUCUUGGUGCGCGCAGACCCCCAGUCCAGGCCCAUGCAGUACAGGGUAGUGGUCCCCAAGCUGGGCACUGUGGCUGAUCUAUGCACCACGCUGUCGAAACUGUCUGGCGUCCUAGCUGACAACAUGGUGGUAGCAGAUGUGUACAAUCACCGGUUCCAUAAAAUCUACCGCCGUGAUGAGGGACUGAAUCAUAUCAUGGACAGAGACGAUAUAUUUUUGUAUGAGGUGGAGGAGUUGGAAGGGGAGCAAGUCAGCCUGCCUAUAUACUUCAGGGAGAGGCGUAUGAAGCACAUAGGCUCCUCCACAGGCACUGUCCUGUUUGGGCAACCCCUUCUCAUCUCGUUCCCCAAGCAGAACCUCACUGUGGACUUGUUGUACGAAAGGGUGCUGGAGAGAAUUGGCCGCUAUGUGAAAAGCACGCAGGUCACAGGUUGUGAGGGGAAAGCCACUGCAGCAGCUGGCAGUAGCAGUGCAAGUGGACGGAGCAGCACUAGCAGUAGCAGCAGCAGCCCCACUAGCCAGGCUGCAGAGUCAGCAGGGUGCCCCAGCCAGGCAGCAGAGCUGGGAGUGUGUGGUUGUGAACCAGCAGAGGCACCAUCGUGCAGUGGGGGACCCACAGAGGCAGCCAGCAGCAGCAGACAACAUUCCCAGGCAGGGACCAGCAAUGGACCGAAUGGGGUGUGUGAAGGAGAAGAUGAGGAGAUGGAACACCAGGAGGUAGCCAGGCCAAACCAAGAUAUUCUCAUAGAACCUGGUAACGGCCAAUCAGAGGGCUUUGUCAGGGAAGAGGAUUGCGAGGACCCAGAAAAUGUGUCUAUCGCUGGCAUCCAAAAAACUUCAGCCAAGUCAGCUAACUGUCCGGCAAAGCUGUUCACUUUCAGUAUGGUGAACUCGUAUGGCACAGCUGACAUCAGCUCACUUACCAGCGAUAACACAGUCCUCAAACUCAACGCACAAUCCACAGUUGCGAUUGACUGGGAUUCCGAAUCUAAGAAGCUAUACUAUGACGACCAGGAGGCAGAGGCUUAUGAGAAACAUGAGAGCAUGUUGCAGCACCAGAAGAAGGCGGCGACAGUGGCCCUGAGAGACUGUAUCGAGCUCUUUACCACCAUGGAGACGCUUGGAGAACAUGACCCCUGGUAUUGCCCCACCUGCAAGAAGCACCAACAGGCCACAAAAAAAUUUGAUCUGUGGUCGCUUCCACGCAUUCUGGUUGUCCAUCUGAAACGUUUCUCUUAUAACCGCUGCUGGAGAGACAAGCUGGAUACUGUGGUAGACUUCCCAGUCAGGGACUUGAACAUGUCUGAGUUUGUCUGUGACCCAAAGGCAGGGCCCUACAUAUAUGACCUCAUCGCUGUUUCCAACCACUAUGGAGGGAUGGGUGGUGGGCAUUACACCGCCUAUGCCAAGAACAAGGCUGAUGAGAAAUGGUAUUACUUUGAUGACAGUAGUGUCUCCUCUGCCUCAGAGGAUCAGAUUGUGACAAAGGCAGCAUACGUGCUGUUUUACCAGCGUCGGGAUAACGAGUCGGUCCAGAGCACGCCCUCCUCGGCCUCUGUGGGCAAAGCUCCAGAGGAGGGGGAAGACAGAAUGGACACCAACUGAAGGGGCCAGGGACCCAGGGACCCGGGGACGUGAACUGCUUGCAAAGACAAACACCCUCGCGCGCACACACAUGCAUACUCACUCACUCGCAUACAUACAUACAUACAUACAUACAUACAUACAUACAUACAUACAUACAUACAGACUCUGUACUGAGUCAACACACAUGUAAUACAGGUUACCCAGAUGUAUAAAUGACCUGCAUCUUUACCCAUGUUUAACUAUCUAUAAAUGUAGAUAUGCACAUAUUUUCAUUUGUAAACAAUUCUAAGAUAAACUCAUUUUUAAAUUGUUGUUAAAUUUAUAUAUCACAUUUCUAGAGCCACACUGCCAAUCCAUGUUAGUCUUGCUCUGGGGAUGUGAUUUUACAUUUAAAAAAAAAAAAAAAAACAUUAAA